CAAUUCCUAAGGGACGUGCAGUCAAAAAGACAGAAGAGAUAAAAACAGAGUAGAAAAAGCCAAGGCAAGCCAAGCCAAUAAAGCCACCCCAACUUCUCUUUUUCUUUUUUGAUUUCGUCGUUAAUUUCCUACUUAAUUAUCCCCUCGUGUCGCUUAAGCUAUGAGGAGCAGCAUCACCAUGGGAAGGCAUUUCCAGUGGAGGAUGAAGCUAAAGAAGAAGAGUUCGAAGGAAGAGAUCGCGUCGGGAGAGGACCUGCAGGAUGAAGAGAAAUCCGCUCUCUCCUUCUCUGGAUCCUCGUCCUACCCAACGAAUCAGGAAGAAUCAAAGAAGAGGAUUUCUUCGGCGGCCGAGACAGCCGUGUCUCGGAUUCGCUCCCUUCUCACUGCGGCCGCUACUAGCCGCCGCAACCGCCAGCCUGCCUUCGUGAUCGGGACACUUUAUGGUCACCGCCACGGUCACGUUCGCUUUGCCUUUCAGACGGACACCAAGGCGGCCUGUCCGGUGAUGCUUGUUGAGUUGGCCACGCCGACUGCUGCGUUGGUGCACGAGAUGGCAUCGGGGCUCGUGCGGAUCGCGCUGGAGUGCGAACGCAAGCCAGCCGACGCCGGGAAGGCGGAGAGGACGCUAGUGGAGGAACCGGUUUGGAAGGCGUACGUCAACGGGAAGAAAUGCGGGUACGCAGUGCGGCGCGAGUGCGGGCCGAUGGACUGGAAGGUGAUGCGGGCGGUGGAGCCUGUGUCGAUGGGGGCGGGAGUCAUCCCCGGCGACGGCGACGGCACGGAUAAGGACGUGAUGUACAUGAGGGCGAGGUUCGAGAGGGUGGUGGGGUCCAGAGACUCAGAGGCAUUCUACAUGAUGAACCCCGACGGAAAUGGCGGACCUGAGCUCAGCAUCUACUUCCUCAGAGUCUAAUUAUAAUUAAUUGCCAGAAUAAUUAAUUAGGAUCAAUGGUUAAGCUCUUGGUGUUCUUAAUAAAUAAUUGAACUGGUUAUCCUUUCCAUUCAUCUCAUCAUGGCAUUGGUCAUGUGCUGAAAUGAAUGAAGCAUAGAAUUAUGUGAUAAGGUUUGUUUAGUAUUCAUUUGUUACAUGUCCUGUAAGUAUCCAAUGUUGUAGAGGUACUCAUUCUCAGUGCUUUAAGUUCAAUUUGGUUA